CUCAUUCUAUUCGGAGAGAGAAACAAAGAGAGGGAGAGAAAGAAAGAGCCUUAUCUUUGGACUGCCGCAGGCGACAUUAACACAAAAGGCUAAGAGGAGGAACGCAAACUGCCAAGGCCAACAGAAAAAAAUCUCUCUCAAAACCGUAUUUUCUCUCUUUUCUUUUCUUUUCUUUUCUUUUCCCGUUUCCCAAUCAAACCUCAUCCCCUCUUUCCCAAAGAAAACACCUAGACACCUCCAGAGAAUAAACGCCUGACGAAUUUUCCAGAAAGAGAUUGAAACGAUUUCAAACAGAAGAAGAAGAAGAAGAAGAAGAAGAAGAAGAAGGAAAAGAAGAAUAAGAGAAGCGAUUCAAUCCAUACAGGGAUUGAUUUCAGCUCUUCAAAUCUUUCUGCUCGUUGUGAUAGAAAAAAGUACUUCUAUGUGUUGUCUUGGCAUAGAGGACGGCGACAAUAUUAUCGUCGGUUCAUUCAAUAUACGGUGCUUUGAAGUUGUUAAUUGAUCGAAGACGAUGAAUCACUGCGUCCCCGAUUUCGAAAUGGAGGACGAUUAUUCAAUUUCUACAUCUUCUGGAGUCGGUCGCCCCAAAAAAUCCUUCAUGCCAGAGGACGAUAUUAUGGAGCUGCUAUGGCAAAACGGACAGGUCAUAGUGCAGAGCCAGAAUCAAAGGUCGGUUAUGAAAUCGUCGCCGCCGUCCAAAUACGACGCCGUAAUCCCCGCCGACAUGGAGAUCAGGCCGUCCCAAGCGCAGCAAGUCCACGAACAUCAUCACCACCACCAACAGCAACAGCAACACCUCUUUAUGCAGGAAGAUGAAAUGGCCUCGUGGCUUCACUAUCCUCUCGUCGACGACCCUUCCUUGGACCACAACUUCUCCGCUGACUUACUCUACCCUGCGCCAAGCGUCACCACCGCCACGGCCACCACCGCUGCCGCUGCCGGCACAGCCAUCAACUCGGCGCCUCAAAUUCGUCAUGCUCAUAUCCCGGAAAUCAGGACUCCGGCGACUGUUGCGGCCGCGCCGGUGCCACGGCCGCCUAUACCUCCUGCGAGGACGGAGCCCAACGUCAAGAAUUUCGGUCACUUCUCGAGGCACAACAAGGCUAUGGUUGAAGCCGCGGGACCUUCCUGUUCGAAGAGCGCAGCGGUGACCGUGGUGGACUCGUGCGAGACGCCGGCGGUCGGUCCGAGUUCUAGGGUUUGCGAAAUCGGGAGGAGCCCCGGCGAGACAUCCUACGCUAAUUUAGCGUCCGGAGGGGGAUUCUCGGGGAAGGAGGCGAUGCGGUGCGAAGGCACAAUGACUUCGUCGCCAGGAGACUCGAGCGCCAGUGCCGAGCCUCCACCGCCGCCGGCGAAGUUGCCGGCGGAAGAUCGGAAGCGGAAGGGAAUAGAAGCCGACGACGCCGAGUGUCAAAGCGAGGAUGUUGAAUUUGAAUCUGGUGAUACAAAGAAACAAGUACGUGGGACAACAUCAACAAAAAGGUCGCGAGCUGCGGAGGUGCACAAUCUCUCCGAAAGGAGACGUCGAGAUAGGAUAAAUGAAAAGAUGAAGGCUUUGCAAGAACUGAUACCUCGUUGUAACAAGUCUGACAAAGCUUCGAUGCUGGAUGAGGCAAUAGAAUACUUGAAAUCGCUUCAGUUGCAAGUGCAGAUGAUGUCUAUGGGAUGUGGAAUGGUCCCUAUGAUGUUUCCCGGAAUCCAACAGUAUAUGCCACCAAUGGGAAUGGGAAUUGGGAUGGGAAUGGGCAUGGGAAUGGAAAUGGGCAUGAACCGACCGAUUAUGCCGUUUCCAAAUGUGUUAACCGGUUCAGCCUUGCCAACACCUGCAGCAGCAGCUCACUUGGGUCCCAGGUUUCCUAUGCCAGCCUUUCACAUGCCUCCUGUUCCUACGACCGAGCAAUCGAGAGCUCAAGCAACCAGCCAGUCAGAUCAUAUGUUUCAGUCAUUCGCCGCACAAAACCCUAACCCGUCACGGAUCCCUAAUUUUUCCGAUCCUUAUCAGCAGUAUCUUGGUUCCCACCAGAUGCAGUUGCCAGUACUGCAGCAGAACCAAGCAAUGGUCCACCCGAGUACCAGCAAGCCGAGUACUAGUAGGGAACCUGAGAAUCCUGAAAAUCAUCAAUCAGGUUGAGAGUUUUGGGUGGAUGAUUUGACGAAAGGCUCUUGCCUGCUAAGUUUUGUAGUGUAAGAGAAAACUUCUCCAGGAGUAGCUUCCUUAGCUUUGCUAAUACCAUACAACACCGCUAACAUGUAAUUAUCUCAAACCCACAGUAAUAAAUCUAACACU